ACACGCUGUACACACACCAGUCACCCUUAAUCGCAUCCCUUCGUCCAUCACUUGACCGCCCUGUAAGUGCCUGCACACACCACACACACCACAACCAACACACACACCACAGAAAGCAUCAGUAGGGAGUGCAUGGCUCACGGGUCGUUCCUCUGUCUGUCUGUCUCUCGUACCCAGGACGAAGAAAGCCGUCGAUGCAGCCAAGUAGAGCCGCCGAUCUCCACUGCCUUUGCGAGCCAAGGCGAAUAAUAAGGCCGUGUAGCCCGAUAUGCCCCAGAAGAGUGAGGUGCCGAUCAGCCUGCAUUGCCAGCAGGCCCUGUCCUGCUCUCGCGCGGCGUGCGGUGACUCCGACCGCCACGGCGUGAACAGCGGGGGCGCCUUGCGGCACUGGGGGAGGACGAUAGAGCUGAAUGAUGAACCGCUGCACGAUGCUGCUGCUGACGCGGGAGCAUCUGUGGCAGCCUCCGAUGGGUUCUGAUGCGUUGAUGAAGGUUGAGCGUUGGAUGAGGCGAGAUCGGAGAGAAAGGCAGUUGGAUAAGAGAGAGGGCUGACGGAUGGAUGGAUGUCCAUCAUUGGUCUGACCUCCCUCCAGGCAGCAGCGG